AGCGCGGACCCUCGUCUCGUAGAGCGCGGACCCUCGUCUCGUAGAGCGCGGAGCACUGCAGUGGCUGCAGCGGCGGCAGUGCAGUAGCGGAGCGGGUCCACUGCGAUCGACGUUGCUGCUGCACUGCACGAAGAGGGACGCCACUGCGGGGAAGGGAACGCAUCCACGGAACAUACACCAAUCACCCAGGACUCGAGACUCACUCGGGCAAGGUCGCCUCGACGCGCAGUGCCAGUCACCGUCAGCAUGUCCGUGCCCAAGGACGUCCCCGCCGCCAGCGUCUUGAUUUAAGGUGAACCCCAAAGUGAUUCUUGUGCAACGCUGAACCCCCAUGGAAUUGGGCGACUCAAGAUUCAAGAGAAAUCUCAUCUGAAAAGUCAAAGACAUGCAUAGCUCACUGAAUCUCCCCCUCCUUAUCGGAGCAGGAGUUGUUGUAGCCAGUGCAGUUAUUAUUGCACUAUGGUCUGCUACAAAGAAGAAGAAACUCGUGGCCCUUGUUGAUGCUGCUCAAAAAAUUCCCCUUCCUUUGAUUGAGAAGGAGGAACUGAGCCAUGACACAAGGCGAUUCCGAUUCCAACUUCCAUCCAAGGCACAUUGCUUGGGCCUUCCUGUUGGACAACACAUUAACCUUUCAGCUUCUAUAAAUGGCGAACCUUGCAUUCGCUCUUACACACCUGUCAGCAGUGACGAAGACCUGGGAUACAUGGACCUUGUUGUAAAGGUUUAUUUCAAAGAUGUUCAUCCCAAAUUUCCUGCGGGUGGAAAGAUGAGUCAGUACCUCAAUGACAUGAAGAUUGGUGACACUAUUGAUGUUCGUGGCCCAACAGGCCGCCUCCAGUAUUUGGGCCGUGGGCAAUUCUCCAUCAAAGCCUUGAGAAAUGCUCCACCUUCAAUUGUGAAAGUUAAAAAAGUAGCCAUGAUUGCAGGUGGCACAGGCAUAACACCAAUGCUGCAGCUUGUAAGGAGUGUGAUGAGAGAUUCAUCUGAUUCAACAGAACUCGCGCUUUUGUUUGCUAACCAAACAGAGAAAGACAUUUUGUUAAGGGAAGAACUAGAGCAGGCAGCUGCUGACUCUAAUGGCCGUUUCAAGUUGUGGUACACUGUGGAUUCCCCUACAGAAGGAUGGAAAUACAGCAAAGGAUUUGUUAGCUCCGAAAUGAUCUCCGCUCACCUCUUCCCACCAUCUCCAGAUACACUUGUGCUUAUGUGUGGGCCUCCUCCCAUGAUCAAGUUUGCCUGUGAACCAAAUCUUGACAAGCUUGGUUAUGAUGCUAAAAUGAGAUUUGCCUAUUAAGUCUUACUUAGUUGUCUUAGGUGGUGCAAGUUCAAGUUGUUGUGAUUUACUUCUAAUGCGCGUUGACUUUGCCGUUAGAUUUGGAAAAAGGCAGUUCAACUGGAUGCUGGAACUAUGUACCUGCUUUUAAACCCUUUGAAUUAUAUAUUUAUAUAUAUUUUUGUGUUGCAGCAUUUAGGCUAUAUUGAGCAGACAGGGGUCUUUAGAUUUUAAAUUGAAGGAUGACAAUAGCUCUGUAUAUAAUUUGUAGGAAGAUGUAAAGAUUUAUGUUUUUUGACUAUGAAGGAUUUUUAAGUUAAUAAUAGGGAUCUCCACCACAUUACUUGACAAAUCUUCUAGAGCCCUAUAAAAGUUUUUGUUUAUUGCUCAGUAAACAAAGUGCAUUUUAAGCAUUCUGAUUGUAUUCUGUGAGUUAGCAAUAAGUAAAAUUCACUUCAUGGCAAGUAACCAUAGGUUCUCUACUAUUGUGAACUUAAACAUCAAAAACACAAUAAAACAAAACAUUGUUA